GCCGACCGUUAAUGACAGUUGGCCGCGGCAGCGCGCGCCUGGCUCACUGCGCAAGCGCGUGGUGCCCGUUCAUGUCGCCGCCGCCUCAGCCUGAGGGAGAUGGAGGGGUACGUCCAGUCAACCCAGGCAGCUCUUGUUUCCCGCCGCCACGGGCGCUUUGUUGGCCAAAGUACCUCUCCCGCCUCCGCCCCUCCAGUUCCCUAUUGAAUAUUUGGGGCUGAAGCGGCUUUCCACUGCCCGGCUGGAGGCUGCAGACCUCCGCCUGCUGAGGAGGCUCCCUCUGCGCGGCUUCUCUCUCUCUCUCUGUGUGUUUGUUUUAAACGGCUGCUGAGGCCAGUGACGGAGCCGGCUGACCCCGAGGCUUUCUGUCAAGGUCGACCAAGGCGAAAGGGAGGCCGGGGCUUCGCCGGGGCUGGCGUGCCCUGCGCGGGACAAAACAAAAGGCGGGCUACGGGUGUUCAAGACCCGUCGCCGUCGUGAAGCCUGCCACAUCUCGAGGGGGCAGGUGCCGGCGCUGAAAAGGCCGAGCCUCCUCUUGCGGGGAGGCAGCUGAGGUUCCUCUUGGUUGUUCUGGCUGCCUUUCUCCGGGCCGCCGCCCUAACAGGAAGGGAUCCUCGCCGUAUUCCGGAGUUCCUUCAAACCGUUCAGUUCUCUUCUCAAACGUGCAAAGGCCCUUGCACGCGCUUGUGUCUUCAUUCGCACGCCCUCGUGCUGCGUCCGGGCUAGGAUCCGUGGAGGGGUGUGUGUGUGUUGCGGGGGUAGCUAGUACCCCGCAUUGGCAUUAGAAGUCUGGCAGCACAAGCCUAGCUACGUCUACUCGGAAGUAAGACCUGUUGAAUUCAGUGAGGCUUACUCUCAGGUUUUUCCAAAAGAGUUGCUCUGAGUGUUCUAGAAAAUAGUGAAAAUGGUGACUUGGGCUAAAUGAGGUAUAUCUUCCAUGUCCCUGUAAAGGUUUAAAAUCCUAUCUACGAUGCAUUUAAUACUGGUAUUCUUCUUUCAUGGAAUAAUUCAUUGCUCUGGUGGUAAUUCUGUUUAUGAGUCAGUGCCCAGAUUACUAUUGGUGUCUUUUGAUGGCUUCAGGGCUGAUUAUCUGAAGAAAUAUGAAUUCCCAAAUCUCCAGGAUUUUAUUAAGGAUGGUGUUUUAGUAGAACAUGUUACCAAUGUUUUCAUCACAAAAACUUUCCCAAAUCAUUACAGUAUAGUCACGGGGCUGUAUGAAGAAAGCCAUGGGAUUGUGGCAAAUGAAAUGUUUGAUGCUGCUACCAAAAAAACAUUUUCACCAUUCAGUGACAGAGAUCCUUUCUGGUGGAAUGAGGCAGUUCCUAUUUGGGUGACCAACCAGUGGCAGGAGAACAAAACAAGUGCUUCUGCCAUGUGGCCUGGCACUGACAUAAAAAUUCACAAUACUACUCCUCAUUUUUAUAUGAACUACAGUUCUGCAGUACAUUUCAAUAAACGGGUGGAAAACAUCAUUGCGUGGCUGAACCAUUCUAAUCCACCAGUCACUUUUGCUACUCUUUAUUGGGAAGAACCAGAUGCAAGUGGACACAAGUAUGGGCCAGAAGAUACUAAGAACAUGACCAAAGUCUUAAAAGAAGUGGAUAAGCUUAUUGGCUUUCUUAUUGAAAAGCUUAAGACUUCCAAAUUGUGGGAGAAAAUUAAUAUUAUAAUUACAAGUGAUCAUGGCAUGGCACAGUGUUCCACGGACAGGUUGAUCAAACUGGAUGAGUGCAUUGACCGUGAUAAGUACAAACUGAUAGACAAGAGUCCAGUUGCUGCGAUACUGCCAAAUAAUGAAACGUAUGUAUAUAACUUACUGAAAAACUGCAGCCCACAUAUGAAGGUUUAUCUUAAAGAAGAAAUUCCAGAUCAAUAUCACUACCAUCACAAUAAGCGCAUUCAGCCCAUAAUUUUGGUUGCCGAUGAAGGCUGGACAAUUGUACAUAACGAGUCUCUUCCAAAGUUAGGAGACCAUGGCUAUGAUAACUCUCUUCCAAGUAUGCAUCCAUUUUUGGCAGCUCAUGGGCCUGCUUUUCGCAAAGGUUACAGACAAAAGACAAUUUAUACUGUUGAUAUUUAUCCAAUGAUGUGUCACAUCCUAGGUUUGACACCCCAGCCCAAUAAUGGCACCUUGAGCAAUGCCAAGUGCUUGUUAGCUGACCAGUGGUGUAUAAAUGUCCCUGAAGCUAUUGGAAUCGUUAUUGGGGUCUUUAUGGUGUUAACUACUCUUACAUGCCUUAUAAUAAUCAUGAAGAACAGAAUGCCUUCUGUGCGUCCAUUUUCACGACUUCAGCUUCAGGAAGAUGACGACGAUCCCUUAAUUGGAUAAUAUGUACUGACUCGUCUUGAAAACUGGACAUAAUACUAAAAUUACACUGGAUAACAUCUUAUGGUGCACUUUAAUAAAUACCCAGAAUAUUGCUGAAGAACAUUGUCUCUCUGAAAUAGAAUAGACCUGUUUUUCUAAUGGAAAAGACAUUGCGUCACUGUUAAAUUUUUAAUAAAGUAUAGGCUAGAGUAGUCAGAUUAGAACUAUGAGAUUUAAAUGUCUGCAAAUGAUGAUGCUUUCGUGCAUUUCUUGCAUAAAUUUCUGGAGAUACCUUUGGCAAGGCAUGAAGUCUAGUGAACAAAAAUUCUGUUCCUGCUAGCUGAUAGAGAUUAUUAUUCCAGUUUCUGGUAUUCAGCACAAUGCUAGAAGGGUAAAUUAUUUAAAUUAGAAGCAACUAGCAACAGGAGCCCUCAGUACCAUCUAGAUUACAUCAGUCUCUAAUUUAACCUGCUACACUGAGAAAAUGUAGAAAUGUAAAGGCUGGCAUACCCUUAUAAAUUCCUCAAACAGUACUGAGAACAAAAGAAAUAGUAUGUCAAAACUGCUCAAGCAACUUUGUCCCAGAGCAGUAUAACUGAAGAGCUACUGUCUUGAGUGCUUCCUUAAUUGUAAAUUGUAUGUUGAUUUUAAACAUUGCUAACCACACGUGGUUGCCCUCAAAGCCUUUCCCAGUGCAGUUGGUUUAUGCAGUGGAGUUAGUCUUAUUUAGCCCUGGAAGCAGCCUCAGGCUGUGUUCAAACACUUCAUUUCUUUGAACAAUAUACAGUAAUGGCAUUUUAAAUGUUACUUCCUGCUAUGUGGGUUGCAUGUAUAAAGGGAUUUUUAAUUGCAAACAUGAUGGAUGAAGCAACAUUUAAAUCAGUGGUGACUUGCAUGUGUUUAUAAGGGUAUUAUAUGUGCAAUUAGGUAAUUUCAGAAUUUUGAAAAAUAUAGCUCUGUUUUGCCUUUGAUGAGCUUGCAAAAUUAAUGCUACUUUAAAUUACCCAUCCUUUUCCAAAUCGUCUCUCCUCUUAUAGACAAAAGCAAUUGCCAGGUUGUGCUAAUUUGUAGCUUCUUUGUUUUUCAUGAAAUUAUCUCAAAACCUCAGACCAAUUUCUGUCAUCUCUCUAAAUGUUCAUGGUAGCUUCUUUGUCCAAAUCAAGUAAUACCUAUUUUACUAUUCAGUAAAAAACAGAAGAUAUUCAAUUUUUCAUAACUUCCUAGAAUCAUCCAAUUUACAUGUAGACUGUAAUUUAUGAGACACUACAGAAUAUCUUGUUAAUUAUGGUAUAUUAAACCUGAAGGUUAGAGUCUGAGGGGAAAUGAACGUUCAAGGUACAAAGUGGCUGUAUGUUUUUUAGUAUUUUAAACAUGGCCACGUAUUUGUUUAGAGGCAGUUUGCUGAUAGAGCAAGGCAGUUAUCCUUACAGCCAUGGCCUUAGAAGUCCUUCAGGCACACUCCAUAACAUAUAAGAGUUGGUGAGGCUGCAGGUUGUGGUUUAUGCAUGCUUGGGGCAGUUAAUUGUCUCUUUUCAGUCAUGAGCAGCCUUGAGUGAUAUUGUAUGAGGAGCUUCUGACACAAGGAAAUCUUCCCUUUCCUACUUAUUUAUAUAUUAUUAAAUUUAUGUCCCGCCCUUUGUCCCAAAGGGAGCUGGGGUGCGACGGAAACAAGAUUGAUAAAACACUAAAAAAAACUUAUAAAAACAUCUUAGAAACAAAACAUCUUUAAAAACAAGAAUUUGUGCUUGGAGUAGAUUUCUUUAAGAGUGGACUAAGGCUGUGUGUGCAUCAUACAUUUAAAGCAUAUGACUUUCCCCCCCCCUUCCAGAGAAUUCUGGGAACUGUAGUUUGUCAAGGAUGCUGGGAAUUGUAGCUCUGUGAAGGGUAAACAGAGAUUCCCAGGAUUCUUUGUGGGAAGUCUUGUGCUUUAAAUGAAUGCAGCCUUGGAAAUCCAUUUCCUUUAUAUGGCACUAUUACCAGAAUAGUAGAAGUGGUGUGAGAUGUAAGACCAUAUUUUCUAAGAAACCAAACAAUUAAAAUAAUUUCUUAUGCAGUACAAGUCUGAUAAUAUUUCAGUAGUUCCUGGAAGUUUUAACGCCUGCAGUAUAGCUAGUUGAAACUGCAUGAUAUGACAACCAUGAGCUGCUUCAUAGGGCUGUUGGAUAUUGCUUCUGAAAAGUUCUCUCUGUCCUGGGGAUGUCUAGCUGGAUAUUGGUCCAGGCAGGAAGGAUAAACCUAAGUUUAUGAAAUGGAAAAGAAAUACCCAGUAUGAGCUGUAUUUUGAAUUGUUUAUAGGGUAGUGCCUUAACUUAAGUAUUUAUAUUUGUAUGACUUGGGUUUUUUUAUGGAAAGGUUUUGCCUUUAUGAAUUAAAAAAAAUGCUUUGGUGAUUA